AUGCCAGAACACACACCAUCACCAACUCCUAGUAGGGCUGUGUAUGGUUUUGUAAUGUACCUCUCUUUCAGAAUAUUCUUUAUUAUUUAUCUUAUUUGGGCUGUAGUACCAGAAACAUAUUUUAAAACCAUUGGAAUCACAUUUCUACCUCAACGGUGUUGGGCUUUAACUAUCCCAAUAUAUUUACUGACAGUAAUGACGUUUGUUGCAUUUAUAAUUUACCCUGGCUUAGGACUUACAAUGACUCCUCAUAUUGAUGAUCUAAGGACAAUCAGAGAUAAAAUUGGAGAAAAAAGAAGGAAAAAUGGAUUAAAUUUGGGCAAGCCAGAGAUAAGUCAAAGGAAUUGUGUGUGUAAAAAUAAACAAAAUUGCUCCAGAGAUAUAUAUUUAAAAAUUGAACAUACUUUUGUUAAUAAUAGAAUUCCUGUAUUAGAAGAUAUUGAAAUUUGGAAUGUAUCUGAUCAUUUACAUUUAGAUUGA